AUGCUCGCCGAGAUCCGUAGUUUCCUGGCGCUAGUAUGGUGGCACAUUUGCCACUUUUUAGCCUACAACCUGCAUGUCCGCGGUCUUAAGCCAGCAAGCCAGUUCUUCCACAAGGUGGUGAUCAUUGGAGAUGACUUCGCAGCAGGCAUCGGAGAUUACAUCACCUUGGGCAGCGCAGGCGGCGGCAUCGCUGAAUAUCUCAAGAAGAUCGUUCGCCAUAACUGGGCCGUCGUCAACGCGGGAGUGCCUAGAUCCACAACGGCCGACUGGCUCAUGUCCUCACCCAAGAAGUACUUCAAGAACGUGUUUACCUCGAGAGCCACGAGCGACGCGUCUAUCGUGAUCAUCAUCCUUGGAUCCGUGGAGAUCAGGUAG